GGCAGGUAUAUAACAGGCGUGCAUGUCAUAUUGUUGCAUGCUUAUUUCACACACAGGGUACUCGCUCGAUGGGGCCAGCCUCCCUGAGAACGAUCUCGCGCCAUACAUCCAACAGGCAAUCGACCAGAUCAACUUUGUCGUUGCUGCCCUGCGUGCAUCUCUUGGUCACCCAGAACCAUUCAAUCUGCAGUUGUCGAAAUUGGCAAUGAAGACUUUGCAUCAAAUCCAUGUCGAUGAUACACCACAAGGUAUAUACCGCUGGAGAGAUUUCGCGGGCAACUUGACGGCUAUAUUCCCUCAGCUGAAAUUCAUCGCGACCUCGUACCCCUUCAAUCCCAUUCUCGAUCCCGUCCCAAAGCAGUAUGAUAACGUGUACCAGACACCUGGAUGGUUCGCAGAAAAUGCGUUCUACUAUGAUUCUGUCAAGCGCGACGGCACUUACUACUUUGAGGGUGAAUAUGCUGUUGUGUCAACUAACGCCAGCGAUAUCUUCGGCAAACCCAACAAUGGUCGUCUUGUAUACCCUAAUAUGCAAGGAUCUUCAGGAGAGGCCGCAUUCAUGACCGGUCUCGAGCGUAACAGUGACAUCGUCUUCGCUGCGUCGUAUGCUCCCUUGUUAAUGAACACUGCCAACUAUCAGUGGUCACCAAACCUUAUUGCUUUUGAUGCGUCAAAUGUGUACCCAUCAACCAGCUUCUAUACACAACAGCUCUUUAGUCUCAACCGUGGAACCGAAUAUUUACCAAGCACCUGGCCUCAAAAUGGGGCACUCCACUGGAGUGUCACGCGCUCUAAUUCUUCUAUUGCCAACACAGACAUGACAGAUGAAGAAAUGUCAUUCGAGCUUCCCUUCAACGGUGUUCACGACACUGGCACUGCGACAGUACUCUCAGGCUCUGCCACAUCAAACAACUCACCCGAGACUCCCAACGCUGUCAGCCCUUUCUCGUACACUGCCCCAGCAUACAGUGUCAACGUGCUGCGGGUGGAGGCGAAGUAGGGGAUAGAGUAUCGCUUGGCAACAUAUGCAUGUCACACCAAAGAGACAAUCAUAGCCUCAUACCAGGCCAUUAAUGUUUUUUUUUACCUUUUACGACUCAAAGAUCAGUGUCGGCGCACACAAAUUACUGAACAUACUAGCAAAUUUUAUUAUUUGCCAAAAGUGUGUGGACAAAAAAUCGAGACACGAUCCGUUU